AUGCCUCCCAAGAAGACCGAGGGCGCUGCCGCCGCUCCCAAGAAGGCCUCCCACCCCAGCUACCAGGACAUGAUCACCGAGGCCAUUGUUGCUCUUAAGGAACGCAAUGGAUCUUCCCGCCAGGCCCUGAAGAAGUACGUCAAGGCCAACAACCAGAUCAACGUUGUUAGCGACACCAUGUUCGACUCUCUCUUCAACAAGGCCCUCCGUGCUGGUGUUGAGAAGGGUGUCUUCGAGCAGCCCAAGGGUCCCUCCGGCGGCACCAAGCUCGCCAAGAAGGCUCCCAAGAAGGAGGAGAAGAAGGCUGCCCCCAAGAAGGCCGCCGAGAAGAAGGAGGCCAAGGAGCCCAAGGAGAAGAAGGCCGCUGCCCCUAAGAAGACUGUCGCCAAGAAGGAGGCUAAGGAGCCCAAGGAGAAGAAGGCCGCCGCUCCCAAGAAGGCUGCCGAGAAGGAGACCAAGGAGAAGAAGGCCGCCGCUCCCAAGAAGGCUGCCGCUCCUAAGAAGGAGGCUAAGGAGCCCAAGGAGAAGAAGACUGCUGCCCCCAAGAAGGCCGCCGCUGAGAAGAAGGAGACUAAGAAGCCUGCUGCCAAGAAGGCCGACAAGCCCGCUGCCAUCUCCAAGACCAAGACUGGUCGCGUCACCAAGACCGAGGCCAAGAAGCCCGCGGCCAAGAAGGCGUCCGCCAAGAAGGACGAGGCCAAGGCUGAGCCCGCUGCCGCAUCUGCGUAG